UGAUAGCAUUUAUUACACUUGCCAAUAGAUACUAGGCUAUAAAAUAUAUUCUGCCUUAUUCUGUGAUAAAAAUGGGGGGAAAUGUAGUAUAUAGGCUAAACAAAUCAUAAAAUUGUCAUUAGGAAAAUACAGGAAAAAUAUUAUAAAUUAUUGCUUAUUGUCCAGCUGUGUAUUUGAUUUCUCAGCCAAGAAAUCUGUCCCCCUCACUUCUGUCAAAAUCAAUUUUUUUUUGUUUGUUUCAAAUAGAGAUCACAAUUCUCCCACAAUUCUGAACAGACAACUAAACAAAAUAGCAUGCAAUUUACUAGAGGUUCUGACAAAAUGUCAGUUGCUGCAGUUAAUUAUUUAUUGCAAAAUCUGCACCUCUUCUGUGGAUAAUAUUAUUUUUUAUAAUGAUCCUUACUCAAGCAGCAGAAGAUUGUGAAAAUAUUACUGGCCCAUUUUGGAGUGAACUAAAUAUGCAAGACCAGUUUUACAUGUCACUGUUUAUGACACAGGUCGUUCAUCCUUUGCGGGGCCGUGUAAAAAAAAAAAAAAAAAUUGGGGCAUGAAUUAAGAGUAUACCCGCUUCUCUAGGCACCACUACACCACUGGUGUCGAGUCACGUCAAGCCUCGUUGGGAGAUCUUACUCGGCUGCAGGUCAGGCGACGGCCAUGCUCCACUCGAUGACGGUGCUUCAGGCCUACCAGGUGGAGCUAUUGAAGGAGCUUGAUGAGGGAGAAGGCAUCACACCGGAGGCUGUGAAGGAACUGUGGCGGGCCACGGACUUGGCGCUACCUGCCACCAAGCACACUGCCCGAGCAGUCGGCCGUUCGAUGGCGGGGAUGGUGGCGGUUGAGCGCCACCUUUGGCUCAACCUCACCGACAUAAAAGAAAAGGACAAAUCUUUUCUCAUGGAUGCCCUGAUCUCCAAGGAUGGACUGUUUGGAAAUUCAGUCACCGCGGUGGUGGAGAAAUUCCUAUCGCCUUUAGGAAUCCGAGUUCAUUCCACGAGGGCAGUGGCUUUGUCGCAAGCCUUCCUUAGUGGAUCUUCUAUGGAUGAUAUAUGUGCUGCGGCAGGAUGGUCCUCACCGAGCACUUUCGUCAAAUUCUACAGCCUAGAUGUGAGCAGUUGCUUUCCUCGGAUCCCAGCUAUCUCGGCCAGAGACGGGGAGCAGAGAAGGAAAGAGAGAAACAGGGAGGAACGAAAGCAACUCGAGCAUCUGUUUCUUGUUACGGUCCACCUCACUCAAGUUUUCAACAUUGAGCUUCAAAUCAUCUGUUUCCUUCAGCUUCUCUGGUCCUCCUGGACGACCUCCGACCUCAGCUAUCCACACCAUUUGGUGCUGGUGUACUGGAGAGCUUACACUCACUUCCUUGUAAACAUACCCACGGCUCCCGUGGUGAUAGCUGGCUUUGACGCGCCGCCAGAAGAGGGCCUCACUGUCUUCACGGAGACGGAGAACAGCGGGUGUGUGCGUGUGAUCGCCAUGGAUACAGAACGGGUCCCGUUAUAUGGCUCUGCUGCUGCUAUGGAUAUAAAAUCAAAUCCCAUUAAAACACCUGGAGAGGGAGAGAGAGCGAGCGAGGGAGGCUGGGAGAACUGUAGGGCACACCCUGAUGAUUAA